AUGAGACCUGUGGCAUUAAUUUUAGGGUUUAAGACAUUGUGGGUUUUGGCAUUUUCGUCUCUUUCCAACACUCUGGCGGUGAAUAACAGUGGGAGAUGGUGGGGCAUCAUCAACGUGGCCUCUUCCACCAACCUGCUGACGGACUCCAAGAACGUGCACCUGGUGCUGGACCCCAGCCUGCAGCUGCUGAGCCGCAAGCAGCGGAAGCUGAUCCGCCAGAACCCCGGUGUCCUGCACAGCAUCAGCAGCGGCCUGCAGAGCGCCAUCAAGGAGUGCAAGUGGCAGUUCCGCAACCGCCGCUGGAACUGCCCCACCACCCAGGGGCCCCACAUCUUCGGCAAGAUCGUCAACCGGGGCUGUCGGGAGACGGCGUUCAUCUUCGCCAUCACCAGCGCCGGCGUCACUCACUCCGUGGCCCGGUCCUGCUCCGAGGGCUCCAUCGAGUCCUGCACGUGUGACUAUCGGCGCCGCGGCCCGGGGGGCCCUGACUGGCACUGGGGGGGCUGCAGCGACAACGUCGACUUCGGCCGGGUCUUCGGGCGCGAGUUUGUGGAUUCCAACGAGAAGGGGCGGGACCUGCGCUUCCUGAUGAACCUGCACAACAACGAGGCGGGACGGAUGACGGUCUUCUCGGAGAUGCGGCAGGAGUGCAAGUGCCACGGCAUGUCGGGCUCCUGCACCGUCAAGACCUGCUGGAUGCGGCUGCCCACCUUCCGCACAGUGGGCGACUUCCUCAAGGACCGGUUCGACGGCGCCUCCCGCGUCAUCUACGGCAACAAGGGCAGCAACCGGGCCUCGCGCGUGGAGGGGCCCCACCUGGAGCCCGAGAACCCGGCCCACAAGCCGCCCUCCCCCCACGACCUCGUCUACUUCGAGAAGUCGCCCAACUUCUGCACCUACAGCGGCAAGACGGGCACGCCGGGCACGGCCGGGCGUUUCUGCAACAGCUCCUCCCCCGCCCUGGACGGCUGCGAGCUGCUUUGCUGCGGGCGGGGAUACCGCACGCGGACCCAGCGCGUCACCGAGCGCUGCAACUGCACCUUCCACUGGUGCUGCCACGUCAGCUGCUUGAACUGCACCAACACACAAGUGUUGCACGAGUGCUUGUGA